AUGUUCUCCACAUGGAUUCUGCAUAUGGUUUCAUUCACUCUGCUGAUCAGACGGGGCAUUGGCAACCAGUGUCUUUAUUAUGAAGUCACGCCUGGGAAAGAAUCUCCAUUGAUGGAUUCCUUGCAGUGCUACAAUGACUUCAUGACACAUGUACAAUGCAGAUGGGAGGUCGAUCCGCAUGUUCUUCCUCAGGCUACAGCAAACAAAUCCAUCUUUGAACUUCACUACUGGGACAAGAGUUUCAAUAGAGAAAAACGUUGUGACCCGCUCAGAACCAGUGUGCUUUUACCCAAUGGGAAGAUCUUUCACGAGUGUCGCUUUAACACUAGAAGGUUUUCUAGUAACACAAAUCACAUUCUAUAUUUCAAAGUACCCUGUAAGUACCCCGGAGCCACAACCCUCAAAGUUGCUCAGCAUGGAAAAGUUAAGGCCCCUAUUGACUUGAAGGAGAUGGUGGCUGAUGGCGGAGGUCAUCUGCUGUCCUGGAAAAGCCCAUAUCCUGCAUCCUCAAAUAUCACAAGAACUCUUACGUACCAGCUUCAGUAUAGCGGUAUGCAAGACUGGACUAUUGUGGAUAACAUUAAUGCGUCUGAGUAUAUGAUUGACAAGGAGUCACUGUUGCCCGGCAACCAUUAUCAAGCCAGAGUGAGGGCGCGGGGUCCUGUAGGACUCUGGAGUGACUGGAGCCCCCUGGUGUCCUGGAAUACUCACAAUGAUGGAGUCUUUAACCUGCAGUGUGUGAUUGUGGGAGAAAAAACUGUGACGUGUACCUGGCAAAUGAAGACAGACCAUUUUGAGUUGAUGUCUUAUCAUCUCUGGUGCAGUGACAGUGAUAACAAUGAAUCCUCUGUUUGUUGUAAAUAUCCUCAGCUGCAGUCCCAGGACGUUGAGCUAUCUGAGUUUAUGUGUUCUGUGAAUGUCUCUGACCCUUACCUGUUAACAGUGGAGCUAAAACCAGUGCUAUACAGUAGGACGUUCAGAACUGGAGAACACAUUAAACUUUCACAACCUGACCAGAUUCAGGUGAUGGAAGAAGAUGGCACCUACAACUUUAACUGGUCUGCAGCAGUUGUUCCAUCAAAGGUGGAGAUGCAGUACUCCACCCAGCUAAAAAUCUCGACCAACAUCUCGGACUCAAUGAUCAUUACCCUUCAAGAUGGGGUCAACAAUUUUGAGUUUCCUUCUGGGAAUCUAAAUGCUUCAACUAUUUACCAGGCCCAGAUCAGAUUACUGCCUGUAAAUGUACAAGACAACAAGUUUAAAGUUCAGCCAUCUGAUUGGUCGCAGCCAGCAGAGUUCACCACUAAGCCAGUUGUAUUGCCCACCAGCUCUGUCAUCUACAUUUUGGUUCCUGUGUUUGUGGCGGUGCUUUUCGUCAUCUUGUACAAUGCCCUUCCUGCCUGUCACAGAAGGAUGAAGUUAUGGAAUGGUUCGGUUCCAUCGCCCAUAAAGAGCAAAGUGUUGGAGGGGAUGAUCAAGAAGUCUCCCACCGGAUGGCCGCAUAUCAUUGAGAAAGAGGCGACCUCUAUUUGUGUUCUGCUGGCAACAGACAAUCUCAGUAUCUGCAAAAGCAGUAUCACCUGGGAGCCGCUUUUGUUACACACUGAAGAUGUGAGUUUAAAUGCUGGUAAAAUGGGACAGUCAUGUGGAUCAAACCACUUGUGCACCUACGUGGGGGAAGGCAUGUGCAAAGACAAAUCAGGCAUGAACUUCAGUGGGCCUUAUAUUCUGUGCUGUGAGGAUUCCUGCACUCAGGACAAAGUAUUGGACGGGUCUACAGACAGAGAUCAGACAUCUGUGUUAGGAAAGUCUGAGAGUUUUGCUCCAAUAAAUGGAGGCUACGUUGUAACUCCUCCCACCGCCAUGCCAGCCAUUCAAAGCCCCGCCCCCAUUGACACUCCGAACAAUAACCCAUCAGAUGAACCUCCAGCCUACACCCCCAGCCCAGAUCAGGGCUGUACGGUCCUCCCUCAUCCAUCCGGAUACUUCACGAUGCCAUGUGUUACCAUGAAACAGUCAGAGCCGAGUGGAUCGUCUGGAACAUAAUUAUCAAGGACUCCAUGUUACUUUGGUGCAUUUCUAAAAAU